AUGCCUCCCGUUUCCCGUCAGCGUAGACCUCUGUCCUACGAAGACCCAUCGCUUUCUGACGAAGAUGUCGGCCUUCUCUUUCAGGUUAUCACCCGCGCCGAGCGGAGCCCGGAAGUCGAGCGCCUUCCUUUCAGAGUUCUCUUCCAAGCGUACGACGAGGUCAUUGCAGAACAUGGCGUGGACGCGGACCCGGGCUAUGCUUGCAUGCGAUUCUUGCUCAAGAUGGGCAAGAAGAACAUCGUAGGCGAUACGCUUUUUGACAAGUUUGAGAAUCUGCUGGAACAGAACGGAAUAGUAAUAGAAUUCGGCGGGGGUAAUGAUGAUAAUGAUGAAGAAAACGAAACUUAUGAAGAUAGCGCGCCGGUGGUGGAUGGUCGACUCCGAGCGAGAGUGGACCGCGACAAUACGCCUAGGGAUGACACCACGCAAACAGUUCAACGAAGACGAGCUUCAUUCAAUUCGAUGUAUGAUGUUGGCGACGACCCCACGCAACGGAGCCUGCUCAAUCGGCCAAGCUCGCGCUCGUCGCUAUCUCGUCUACCUCUGGAGAAGCCUGCUUUCAUAGAACCCCGGCAAUCACCACCAAGAAACGCGGGGACCAAGAAACAACCGAAUUCCCCAGAUAGAACCCAACUGAUGGCACAGUUUAUUGAUGUGGGACGUCGCUUGAUGAGCAGGAUAGAUCUCUUGGACCCGGAAAAGAAUCAAAAGCCACCCUCUAAUGGUGUCGAAGCUAGGUCUGCAGUUGACGAAGACCGCUCAAAGAGAAUCGCAGAAGUCUCACAAUCACGACGUCGGCGGCGCUCGCCGAGCCCAAGGGAUUCCGAUGAAGAUGUGGAAGAGUCAUCGGCCUCGGAUGACCCAAGUGAGACCGUUGGCCGACCCGAGGUUCCGCUCGAGAUGCUAUAUCGGCCGUCACUAUCAGAUCUACUACGAGAUGCAUCGACAUUCAAUAUGUACCGUCAGAGAGCCAUCAAUCGCCGCAUCAUCACCCAAUGGCUGAAAAAGGCGAUCCAGACGCGACAGAGCCAUCAAAAUAUGGAAGUGGUUGCUGUCAAUCGAGACCGUCUUACUCUUGUUCGCCAGGCUUUCGAUACGUGGCACACGAUUAUUCAGAGAAAGCGCCAAGUAGAGCGGACGGAAAUGUUCUUCAAGCAUAUAGAAGAGCGUGCUGGAAGGGCUAGGGACCUCUAUCUCAUGACCAAAGCUUUCACCCAUUGGGCUCAAGUGUCUUCCGAAGAAAUUGCGAGGACGUCCGCGGUGCGACAACAUGUUCUCGGUGUUAAAUACUUUAAUGCGUGGCGAGAUAUAACCGCGGUCAACGAACUCAAGGCGCAGAGGUUCGCAUUGCGAAGGCCCUUCAAUGUUUGGAAGAAGAAACUUCAUCAGGUCAAAGAGGCAGAGCAAAAGGCAGUGGUAAGGUGUAACCAACAAUCUACGCAUAAUGUUUAUUGGCAAUGGUUUUGGUGUUUCUGCGAACGGCGAGCUCCGCAGUGGUACGAUAACUGUUUAAAGAGGCGGUCGCUGUUAUACUGGUUACGGAAAUUUCGAAACAACAGAGAGCGAAUUCAUGAGAUUGAGCUGAAGAAUAAACACAACGCGCUCGCUUUGACAUGGCAAACUUGGGCUCAGCGAUCAAAGGCCAUCGCCGCUGGCCAGCAGGAAACAGUCUCCCGAGAGCGCCGGCAGCUUUUGGAAGAUAGUUUGGGGGAAUGGAGGACCCAGUGUCAACUUGCUCCAGCCGCGUCUCGUGUUGCGGGCAUGGUUGACAAUCGCAUCGUUAAAACGGCUUUCGGACAAUGGGUGAAACGAGCCCAGAUGGUAACACAAGCAAGGGAAAUGAAUCGACAAAGACUCGUGCGCAAUUCGUGGACUUCGUGGAAUGAUCUGCUCCGAUGCCAGGCUCUUAGUGCGCGAAUCGAGGAACGUCUAAAGAUGGAAACCAUGUACAAAUGGAUACUGGCGGAACGGUACCGGCUAAUGCAGCGCAUUCGAGAGCAACGGAUAACACGCGAUGUAUUUUCCACAUUCGUUACCAACGUGCGAAGGACGUACUCUCGACUACUCGACAAAGCAGAACGACACGAGGACCAUCGAAACGAAGACCUUCUCCGGUCAAAAUUUACCUUGUGGCGCAACCAGCUCUCCCUCCAACAUCAGCGUGACGUCGUUGCAGUUGAGUUUUACGCACCCCGGUUGGCGCAGGAGUCACUCGUGGCAUGGCGAUCGAAGCUUGACAACGUAGCGAAGCUUGACGGAUGGGCCCGCGAUGCACAAUUCUAUUUCGGUUCAACAAGGGCGCUGAAAAAGUGGCGAGUAGCAACGGUGGAAGCUGCAAAGCGGCGCCGACAAGAUGCCUACGCGCAAACCCGAAGAAAGAUCAAGAUCAACCUCGCUUCCAGAGUCUUGAAUUCAUGGAGUAUCAAAGCCCAGCAUGUUUCUGACUUGGAGCAGCAGGCCCUGCAAUUCAGCCGAAGAAAGUCGUUGAAGCUGGCAUCUGGGUUUUUAGGCCAGUGGCACGAGAAAAGUCAGAAACAAAUAAAGGAUACAGCAAGUGCCGACACCUACUAUUUCCGACGCAUCGCCUACAAUCAUUUGAUACGGUUAGCUGAGGUCCUGAUAGAAUGGCAUCGCCUAGGAGAACAGGCGGAUAGCGUGUAUCACCUGCAUGUCCUGGCCCAGGCCAACGUCCAUCUUCGGAAGCUCAGCCUGCGCGUUUUCCAGAUUAAGAGCUCUGUCGAGACUGCGGGCGCCAUGAGAGAGCGAAGUCUAAGGAGACAUUCAAGAGGUAUGUUCCGUCACUGGCUUGAUAAGACCCGAUUGAAUAUCGAAGCUCGCGAUUCUCCUGGGCCCCUUAUGAGCCCUUCAAAAACCUUUGACGGAGCCGGUCGAACAGAUCAAGCAAUAUUCGAUCCUUGGUACCAGUCUGAGACACCGUUCAAGCUCGGUGACUUUGUCGGCGGCUCUCCGGCUCCUUCUCCCAACCCGUUGGCUACUCCCAACUAUAUGACUUCUCCCUCGAAGCGGGCUGCGCGCGCAAGGGUACUAGCCCAGGUGUCCACCACGCCUGCCACCCCGUUGCAGACGCCGUUUGCGAGUCGACUCCUACGUGCCAGGACGAAUUCAGCGGUCCCCAAGACCGCCUCGAGCAAACGACCUCGCAACGGCCGGGCCAGCUCCCUAGCGACCAGCGUCCGCGCAGCCAGCGUCCGACGUCAGCGACCAGAAACCACCGUCUCUAUGCGAGCGGUACUGCCGGGGAGACCCCCGACGAAGCUCCAGUCUUUCAGCACCGCGCUGUGGGAUGGUCUUCGCGUCGUGGUGUACAUUUCCGGCCAUGCGCUGGUUAUCCUCGGCGGCCCGCACAAGCUCCUCCAAACAAUCUACGUUGACGACACCGACGCCCUGGAGGCAGUGACGAUCGAUGAGACUUCCGGCAAGGUUGCAGUGUGUGGGGGACGCGAUGUCUUCAUUUAUCAGCCGUAUGGAAUCCUGGACGAAACGCUAAAGUGGUCUCUCGUUCAUACCUUUCGCUCCGACGAUGACGACGAACCGAUCCGUACGCUAUCGUGGGGCUCUCCCGACGAGUUGCUCCUCGGGAAUUCCCACCUCACGCUUUGGUUCCUGAAUGACACGCCGCGCGAGGUGUGGAAGCAGAAACUGGCGACACCGGCCAAAUUUGCGCAAUUCUCGCCCGACGCGACCCUUGUCGUGACGACGGGUCAUUACGACCGACUGGUCAAGGUGUGGCGGAGGCUUUCGUUUGGGGCUUACGAUGUCCGCUUCGAGGUGUCAUAUCUGCCGCAUCCUGCGGUUGUGACGGGAAUGCAUUGGCGCAAACCGUAUCAUCGAGAACAAUCUAUGGAUAAUGCGUUCUAUACGUGGUGCGCGGACAACAAGAUCAGGGUAUGGGCGGCUGUGGACCACCAUGCUCCGUCUGCAUUACAGCUAUGGACCCAGAUUGACAUGGGGGUUUCGGUUCAACCGCGACACGCAACGGAUGAGAAGGGGCCGGUCCGUCGCUAUGGAUUCGUGGUUGAUAGUCGGGACUUUUGUGUCGCUACCGAACGUGCAGUGCAGCGAAGUACAGGGAACAAGGGGAACCACGCGCUGGAGCACAUCAUUGAGGUCGCAAACAAGAGCCCGGAGAUCUGCGUGGUGAUCGAUGGAGAGGGUCAUAUGUCUGCGUGGGCUUUGGAAGACGUAGGGUCCAAAGUCAAGUCGGAUUUGGAAAGCUUCAACAUCCUCCACGUGGAAGGCUUGGAUUUCUCGUUUAUGAACGGGCUUUCUGCGGAAGAGGAUUAUGUCCAGAUGUGUGCCUUCCAGAGCGUACCUUCAAGCGACUCAAUAUCCGUGCUUGUUCAUCACUUUGACGGUCGGAUUGAGUGGUUUGACUCCCAUGUGGAUGUAUUAUUUGAUCCGGCUCCGCGCAAAAAUCGCGUGAGCAAGAAAUCAUCCUGGACUGGACACAAUGGAUCGAUUAAGAAGAUUGUCCGCAAUGCAAUCGGAAACACUCUUGUUUCGCGCACCGAUGACAACAAAGCUAUGAUCUGGCGGCAGAAGCGGAGGGAGAGUGGAUCGACCCUUGUCCGCCGGAGCUCGUUGUUUUCAGACGAGCACAUCCAUCGCAGCUGCGUGCUCGAAGACGGAGAUUUCUUGGUGAAUCUCCAUCAUAAGGGGAUCUCGGUCUGGGACAUUCGCUCCUUCCACGCCGAGAAACUGGCGUCAUCGGCAUUCGAGCUCUCUAGCAAACCGCUUUGUGUUCUCUCGAUUCCCGCCGCGCAGAACGGCUCCGACGUAGUGUAUAUCGCAACAAUCGGAGCGGACAUGAAAGGAAUCGCUUGGGAAAUUCGACUUCCUACCUCGAAAUCGCAAGUGAACGGCGACACGCACGAUCCCCAAAGCUCUCUGAGAAAGUUCUGUAACUUUGAUUUGGGGCUCAACGAGGAUGUAUCUUAUAUUUUGCCUGUCGACCCAGCAGGUCCAAAGGCCGAGCGAUCCGGUUUUUUUGAUCUUUUCUCACCGGACAUUGCGCUGUCAUACACCAGCACUGGUGUUCUUCACACUUGGACUGCCAAGGUUGACAAGCAAAAGAAGCAAGUCGAUUGGCUGCUUACAUCGACGGUUGAAACAGGGAUUGCAAACCCGUCUCUUGCUAGUGGAAGCUCCAUCAGGAAAGCCGCGCUUGUAGACGAAGAUCGCACUCGCCUGACCAUCUGGGACACGAAUGGCGCCCAGCUAGAGUUCGAGGAGCAUUUCUCCUCCCAGGAUGUCAUUCGGGAUCUUGACUGGACUUCUACCCCCGAUAUGCAGUCCGUUCUUGCCGUGGGUUUCCCCCAUAAGGUCGUGCUGCUAUCACAGCUUCGCUACGACUACCUGGACGCGCGACCGUCCUGGACUCAAAUACGAGAGAUUUGGAUACGGGAUCUCACACCCCAUCCAAUCGGCGAUUCAUGCUGGCUCAGCAAUGGCCAUCUGGUGAUCGGGGCAGGAAAUCAACUAUUUGUGUACGACAACGACAUUGAUGUCUCCGAUCGAGUGGUAAUCCAGCUCCGUAUACCUUCACGGGGCCUCUCCUCAGUCGAUUUGUUCGAGGUGGUGAGCCGCUUGAAUGGUCCUCUGCCGGUUUUUCACCCCCAGUUUCUGGCACAAUGUAUUCUCAGCGGAAAGAGCAACCUUGUACAUUCUAUCUUAUUGAACCUUCACCGAAAACUGAAGUUCUACACGGAAGGCGAUGGUAUUGACAGUUUCCUAGAAAUGCCUCUGGAGAAUUUCUACCGGGAACAUGAUACACCGCAGAAUGCAUCAUCGAAGGAGCUACACUCCGCAUAUGCGGACCUCAGUCUAGAGGAUGAAGCCUCGGUCAUUGAUGAGAAUACCGCAACGUUGCUUAAUGAAAACCUGGUUCGGUAUGCUCUGCCGCAGCUUACCAGUCAGGAGCAGUUCCGCCUGGCAGACACCAUUGAGUGCGUAGCCACGGUCGAAAAGCACCGGCGUUCCAUGGAUGAUAAUGCCGCGCGCUUUUUACUAUUUUUCCGGCAGCACAUGCUGCGCAGGACGCAGGGUGUCGCCAACAAGGGCACGGUAUCAUGGCGAGAAAUUGUCUGGGCUUUCCAUAGCGGCAGCCAGGAUAUUCUUCUCGACCUUGUGUCCAGACAGUUUGGCGGCAAGGUCCUCUGGAAAUCGGCCAGAGAAAGCGGGAUUUUCAUGUGGUUGUCGGACCCUACAGCCAUUCGCACACAACUCGAAAUUGUAGCUCGCAAUGAAUAUACGAAAACGGAAGAGAAGAACCCCAUCAACUGUUCGCUGUUCUACCUCGCACUGAAGAAGAAGAACAUUCUUCAAGGUCUCUGGCGCAUGGCUUCUUGGAACCGAGAACAAGGCGCUACGCAGCGGCUGCUGGCGAACGAUUUCCAGGACCCUCGAUGGAAGACGUCGGCUUUGAAGAACGCGUACGCUUUACUAGGCAAACGAAGGUUUGAAUAUGCCGCCGCGUGGUUCCUUCUUGCAGACCACCUGCGUGAUGCAGCUCAGGUCUGUAUCAACCAGGUUGGCGAUCUGCAGCUCGCCAUAGCGAUCAUACGCGCCUACGAAGGUGACGACGGGCCCGUCCUGAAAGAGAUCCUGGAAGAGCGAGUGCUUCCCGAAGCUGCUUCGGACGGAAACCGAUGGAUGGCCUCGUGGGCUUUCUGGAUGCUCGGUCGUCGGGAUAUGGCCGUGCGUUCGCUUAUUUCACCCGUUGAGGCUCUUCUCCCUUCAACGCCUGCCUCUCCCGGCAGCCCCGGAUUGAUUCCCUUGCAAGCGAAAUCAUACCUUUCUAACGAUCCCGCGUUGGUGGUGUUAUAUACCCAACUCCGAGACAAAACGCUUCAAACCCUCAAAGGCGCGUCCAAAGUCUCUGCUCGGUCCGAGUGGGAGUUCAUUCUGCGCAACGCUCGCCUCUACGACCGCAUGGGAUGUGACCUUCUCGCCCUUGAUCUCGUCCGCCAUUGGGAGUUCUUGGGCGAGCCCACUCCCCCGGCACCCAAGCAAAGUGCGCUGGACCUGCAGGAGAACGCAGUGGAUUACCGCAAGAUGCUUCGCCGACGAAGCAGCCUUGUGGUGGCGGACAUGCCCAUCAAGCCCGGGCUCACGCAGGCUCCAGAAAGUCCGCAGAAACCGAAGCCCAAGCCACCUCCGACGACUUUCCACGAACCCGAUGCCAACUCGCUUCUCGACAGUUUUGGAUUUUAG